UCGACUUUCGAUAUAUCGUUUAUAAUCGCACUCUCUCUCUCUCUCUCUCUCUAUUUCUCUGUUUCUAUCUGUCGACCGAAGUAUCCAUAACCUGCUUUUCGAACGAGUCGAAGGCAUGGUUUAUAAUUAAUAAUUUCGUUAAAUUGAAGUUAACCUAAUCGUUUAUGUCUUUUACUGUAAAACUGUUAAUACGAAAUUCGAGUCAUAAAUGUUCGUCGAAUAAAAUCUUCCAGUGAAAAGAUAGUAUAAUGCUUAAAGAGGUUUAAUAGGUUAUGAAGUAGGUUAUGAAUUGUUUUGAGUUUCGAAAAUUAGAAAUAAAAGUAUAGUUUAAUGAUUAUAUUUAUCGUGUAAUUAUUUAACAUUAUAAUAACAAUAGGAAUUUCUGGUGAUAAUUAUAUCCUUUUAAUACGUUAUACGUUUCACUUCAUAAAUUAUCGGAGAUAUUUGUAUAUAAUAUUUGAAACAUGUCGAUUAAAGUAACGCUACAUACGAAGCUAUGGACAAAAUUUAACAAAAAUAAUGAUAUUUAUGGUUUUUUGCGAUUACAUUCUACGAAAUUCUCUCUCAUUCAAAAAUUACAAUAUUCGACGAAGAAAAAUUUUGAUGAAAAUAUUAUCUACAAAAUUGAUCCAAAAGUUGAAUUCUUAAGAGAUAAAAUAUUGUAUAGCGAAUAUUUGUUUUAUGAAAAGAUUAAAUUGGGAUAUUUAAAGCGUUUAAAACUAAAACAGAAGUUGGAACAGAUACAAGAGAGAAAACAAGUAAUGCAACAAAUAAAUGAGCCCACAUUUAGUGUUAUAUUAAACCAUAUUGGUAAUAAUAAUUGUACAGACUUUAAAUCUAUAAAUGAAACAGAAACACUUUCCGAUCCAGGUGAUAAAAAAUCAUCUAAGAUCAUACACAUGCCUUACGCAUUUACUGAUAGUUUUACAAUUGUGGAUAUGCCUGUUGAGAAUAUUCCUAAAAACAAGAGUGAUGAAUCGUCGCUUAAUGAAAUGUAUAAGACCUUGUAUGAAAAAUAUUUAGAAACCACAAAUUCAAUACAAGGUAAAGAAAAACCAAGUUUUAUAGAGUACGAAGAAACCUAUCGUGAACAGGAAUUAAAAAACUUACGGAAUGUUGCGAGUAAGUGGAUGGAUGAUUAUGAACAAUACAAUGAUAUGCAAGAAAAUCCAAGUGAUUGGCUUUAUGGUUCACCUAAUCAAAACAUCGAAAUUAGUAGUAUCCCAUGUGGUGGUUGUGGAGCUUUAUUACAUUGUAAAGAUCAAGCGCUUCCUGGUUAUUUACCCUCAGAAUUAUUCUUAGGUGUAACCAAUGACGAACUAAAAAGCAUGGUUUGUCAAAGAUGUCACUUUUUAAAACAUUAUAAUACAGCUUUAGAUGUGAAAGUAUCUUCAGAAGAUUAUCCAGAACUGUUAAAAGUUAUAAAAACAAAAAAAUGUGCAGUUAUUUUAAUGAUAGAUUUAACAGAUUUUCCAUGUAGUAUAUGGCCAAAUAUUGGUAGUAUCUUGCAUCCUUAUACACCAGUAUUUGUAGUUGGAAAUAAAAUUGAUUUGUUGCCUAAGGAUUCGUCAACAUUCGAAAGUCAUGUUAAAGAGUGUAUAUCAAAGGCCAUAGAAGAUGCAGGAAUAGGACAAAAAAAUAUUAAACAUAUAUCCUUAAUUUCUGCUAAGACUGGAUAUGGAGUAGAACAGUUUAUAAAUAAAUUACAUAAACUAUGGGGAUAUAAAGGAGAUGUAUUUUUAAUUGGAUGCACAAACGUAGGUAAAUCUUCGUUAUUUAAUGAUCUCUUACAAUCUGAUUAUUGUAAAGUGCAAGCUGUUGAUCUCGUACAACGUGCGACGAUAUCUCCAUGGCCAGGAACAACUUUGAAUUUGUUAAAAUUUCCUAUUUUGAAUCCUUCUAAGUGGAGACUUUAUUGUAGAACAUUGAGGUUACAAGCUGAGACAAAAAACGAGCAUGCAAGAGAAUUCGUACAAAAUUAUCAAUUAAGAUUAUCGCGUAAUAUAGAACACGCUACAUUACAAGGAGCUAUUGGUAAGACCUUUACAUCACACAAGAUCAAUAAUUCAAAGAAUUUCGAUGUCUUUUCUUCAAGUUCUGAAUCUAAUAAAAAUAAGUUUGGAUUGGAUGAAACUAGUCCUGAAUAUAUAAAUAGCCAUUGGUGUUAUGAUACACCUGGAACUAUUCAACCGGAUCAAAUAAUGGAUUUAUUAACAAUUGAGGAAAUAAUAAAAACAUUGCCAAAUAAAAUAAUUUCACCUAGAACAUUUGUUUUACAACCAGAAGAAACAAUAUUUAUAGGAGGUUUGGGAAGGUUGGACUAUUUAGAAGGAAACGAAUUUAUUAGAUGUACAAUUUUUGCAAGCGACGAAUUACCUAUCACAAUGUGCCGUGUCAUUGAUGCGGAUUAUUUAUAUAAAGAAUUAUUACACACAGAAGCUUUGGUUGUGCCUAUAAAUAAUCCGCAGAGAUUGAAAGUAUGGCCUCUCUUACAGUCAAAACAGUUUGAAAUAACAGGUAUCAGUAAAAUAGAGUCUACAGGAGAUAUUGUUUUAUCAAAUGCAGGUUGGAUAGCAAUCACUGCCAAAGAAAAUGAAAAAGUUAAGUUACAAGGUUGGACUCCAUGUGCACGAGGUAUUCAUUUAAGAAUACCAGCUCUCUUGAAAAAAUCUGUUACUCAUCGUGGUGCAAGGGUAGCAGGUACACCGGCUUAUAAAAAAGGAAGACAAGUUUAUAUAAAGAAAUAAAUUUGAAAUUAGUGUUUUUUGAAACUUACUCUGUAAAUAUGUAUAUAGUACAUUGAAGAAUGUAACAUGAAAAAUUAAUACUGUAAUAUAAUACCACAAUACAUGAUAUUGUGGUCUUCUAGUUAUAAAAUUCUGCUUGUACUAAUAUUUAUUUUUUAAGAAAAACAAAUAUUUCAAUAA